ACCUUCAUCAGAGUCCACCUCUGUGUCCUUAGUGUACCGGGUGAGAAGGGGCUCUCGGGCUUCAGAGUCUCCCGUGCGCCCGUGACGAGCCAUCCCCAAAGUCGCCGGACGCUUCUAAUAGACUCACAGACUGUCUGAGGGUUGUUUGGGUUUAUUAUCUAAGUGCACCCCUGGUCCAGGAUCCUGUCACUGUCUCCACUUCUGGAUCUGUCUCAUGACUGCACAGCCUUCCUGCUAGCUAACUACCGGUUGAAGCUAAACCUGAAAAAGAAGGAGGACCAGGAAGUAAAGAGACAGCGCGGCUGGUUGGUCUACACUCCUUGUUUGAGCGUCUCCUCCGGUCAGCAGGUCUUGUUUGUACUCGAUCCGGAACUACCACCUCCUCCACACAGUGUGCUGCACUGCUUUGCUUAGCUAGCUUUUUAAGUACACUGAGUCUGUCCUGUUUGUGUGUGUGCGGUGUGAUCGUGUACCUCCCCUUGUGUUCCAAAAAAAAAAAAAAACACACACACACACACACACACAGAUUGAAGAUGGCGACCAGCUCCGAGCGCAGUCCUCCUCCGUUCCCGGACUCCGAGGACCAAGAUGUGUUGGAUUCUGAAGAAGUGGGAGGCCGAGACAGUGAUGAAGACGACGGGGAGCACCUCUUUAUGAGCUCGGGCAGCCCUCCACUGAUCGAAAUAGACUCCAUGCUGACCGAUAUGGACCCUACACUGCCACCCACCAGUCAACCCAGUGAUGUUCUAAUGGAGCCUCCCAUUGACAUCACCACUGAGCCUUUAAUCAAGCCCAUCAUCAGUCAAACAGAAAAAAUUGAAGAGAUUGAAGUCGUCAACGAGCCUUCGGAGGAGUUUGUCGACCUUGCAAACAACAUCGCCGACUCCCCCGAUGACUCAGUCGCUGCGGAAAGCGCCGUUGCAGACGCAGCAAAAGACUCAACUGAAAUCCCUUUAGAUGAACCCUCAGAGGAAUUUGUUGACAUAUUUGGAAGUGAAACUGAAGCAGCACAAGAGGAAGUUGUGGCCGCAGAUAUGGAGGCGGUAGAAACGGCAUUGGUGGAAAGUGAAGUGACCGUGAGCGUUACAGAUCCACCUGGUGACGAGAGCACAGGAAGUGGUGCUGAGCUGGAGGAAGAGGAAACUCCCGCUGCUCCAGUUAUCGACCUCAGUGUUGAUUUGUCAGCCCCCAACACACAAGAGGCACUGAGCAGUGAUAUGUUUGUUGAUCCUUUGGUGGACCUGCUUAGUGAUUCUCCACCCGCUGCUGAAGCCAAAAAAGCCGCUCCAGCAACAAUCGAUCUGUUCGAAGAUGAGGGGACCGACUUGUUCACAGAGCCGCGGCCGACUAAAUCCACCAAGCAGCCUCAGAAAAGCCUCUUUGGUGAAACGGACGAGGAUCUUUUCAGUGAGCCGCUGGGUGCCACCACCAAGAAAACCGUUUCGUUCACAGAGACGAAGGAGAUAUCUGUCACGACUAAAGCUGCUGGAGGGUUAGGGUUAGAGAGCAGCAUCAUGGGUGGGCCCCUGUUAGACAGCAGCCCUGUAGAACCUGCUGAUAUUUUCACUGAGGAGGCCGUCACCACAGUGCCUAGCAUCACAGCCCCCAGCACGGUCAACUCUAAGACUAAUGGAGUCCACUCUGAAGAGGAGCCAGAUAUUUUUGCUGAAGCCACAGUGGAGCUUUCCCUCGACAGCCCUCGGGACGAGAGAAAGAAGGACGUGACAGCUAAACCGUCUGUGUCUACCCCCUCCCUGUCAGCUGCAGCCAGCCUGGCCAAGCCACAGUCUGCUGGCCUUGAGGAGUUGGAAGAAGAGGAAGAAGAAGAGCAGGACAAAUUUGACAUCUUGGUCUCUGUCAAAGACCCGGAAAAAAUUGGGGACGGGAUGAACGCCUACAUGGGCUACAAAGUAGCCACACAGACCACACUGCCCAUGUUCCGCAACAAGACGUUCAUAGUGAGACGACGUUUCAGCGACUUCCUCGGUCUCUACGAGAAGCUCUCUGAAAAACAUGGACCAAAUGGAUUCAUCGUGCCUCCUCCACCAGAGAAGAGCAUCCUGGGUAUGACGAAGGUGAAGGUGGGAAAGGAAGAUUCCUCAUCUGCAGACUUUGUGGAGAGAAGAAGAGGCUCCUUGGAGAGGUAUCUCCAGAGGGUGGUAAAUCACCCAUCACUCAUCCAAGACCCCGAUGUCAGAGAGUUUCUGGAGAGAGAAGAAUUGCCAAGAGCUGUGAGCACCCAGGCUCUGAGCGGCGCCGGCUUCCUGAAAAUGAUCACCAAAGCAACAGAUGCUGUCAGUAAAAUGACCAUCAAGAUGAAUGAAUCAGACGUGUGGUUUGAGGAGAAGCUACAGGAGGUGGAGUCUGCAGACCAGCAGUUCAGGAAGCUGCAUGCACUGGUGGAGUCUCUGGUCAUUCACAGAAAAGAGCUGUCAUUAAACACUGCCAGCUUCGCCAAAAGUACGGCCAUGCUGGGCAGCGCCGAGGACAACACGGCUCUGUCCCGAGCUCUCUCUCAGCUGGCUGAGGUGGAGGACAAGAUGGAGCAGCUGCACCAGGACCAGGCCGCCAACGACACCUUCAACUUUGCAGAAGUCAUCGCAGAUUACAUCCGCCUGCUUGGAGCCGUGAGGGGGUCGUUUGAUCACCGGAUGAAGGCGUGGCAGCGCUGGCAGGAUGCUCAGGCGGCGCUGCAGAAGAAGAGGGAGACCGAGGCCAAACUGCUAUGGGCCAACAAGCCGGACAAACUGCAGCUGGCUAAAGAGGAGAUUGCUGAGUGGGAGGCCAAAGUGACACAGUAUGAGAGAGACUUUGAAAGAGUUUCUGCCACUGUGCGCAAGGAGGUCGUCCGCUUUGAGAAAGAGAAGACCAAGAAUUUCAAGCAACAGAUAAUUAAGUACUUAGAAGCUCUGCUUCAGUCUCAGCAACAGCUGAUCAAAUACUGGGAGGCUUUCUUACCAGAAGCAAAAGCAAUCGCCUAAUCUUGGAGCACCAGCCUUUUGGACGCUGAACAGGCUGCCUUUUUCUUAUACACUUUACCUCUUGCCUUUAAACCAAGGAGAAUGCAUUGUAAAGGGAGAUACAAUCAGCCAGUUUUUUUAAUCACCUUUAACAUAUAGCUCUGUACUCUAUUGUAUUAAUAAUUGUAUAUUUUCAUUUAACCUUUCACAAAUAUUUUCUUAUUAGAUGAAAAAGAGUUUGCGUAUACAAAGAUAUGGACACGAAAAGAGAAAAAGCGUAGAGACGAGUUGUUCCAUUGAUUUCCACCAGAGAAGGGAAAAAAGGCGAGUCGGUUGCUCUCAGGAUUUUCUCCCUCGUGUGAUCAGGAUCUCCUUCACAUCAGCAGUGGUUCAUUGUUUACAGCGGCUGCUCUCUCAUCAAAUCUUUCUGGGGACCCAGAUGUAGAAAGCGGCCAGAAGUCUCACUCUGUUUAUUUUUUUUAAUGACUCAAAGGGAUAAAGUAAGCGUUAAAUGACUAAGAAUAAGAGCACUUCCACUAGGUGGAUAACAUACUGAAUUACCAGCCAUGUUUUCUUUCUUUUCUUUUGAUUCAAAUCAUAUUGAUGCUGAGGGGAGGGGCUGCAGGGUGAGAGGCAUUAGAUCGGGGUCUACAGCUGUGGUCAAGGGUUGCAUUGUAGGUCAAGCUUAUGAGUUUAAUGUUCUUGAUUAUGACUUCCGUCACGUGCAAACUUUAACUACACGUCUGUGCCUUUUUCAGUCAGAACGGAGAGUUUUGAUGUAAUCCGGUUUGGGAGAAAGUCGUGCACAGUGCAGCAGAUGAAACUGUUACUUUCACUACAGCCAUAAUGAAAUACUGAUUGUCAAAGCUGAGGGUUUAGAACCGCCCGGCUGUUUUCAUGUCUAAGCCCAUUUACUACAAAGCAAGUGUUUUUGUCCUCUUCCUUCCGUAUUUCUUUUUACUCUGUAAACCCAGUCUUUGGAUUCUUAACUGUGUCAAAUAAACCUGCAGAGACUUCAGACCUUACUGAAAACAACUUCAUGCCUGAUCCUGUUUUUGUCAAAGCUGCAUCAUUGUUGUUUGGUAAAGCAUCACAGUUAAAGCUGCUGUGAGGAAUUACGAUGGGCAAAGCUAUACACCUCAAGACUUUGCUGAUCUUGUCCUGAACAUGCCAGGGUUAUAUCUUCUCAUUCUUCCUUCUUUGUCAGUCAAACAUGUCACUCUAUGUGAACAUGUUCAGCUAAAGACAUCUUGUUCUGCUGCAGGCUUGUCAGCUGUCUGAUCUGACACAUUACCCUCUUUGCAGCAGUUUUGGUCUUGACGAGAAUGAUGACAUAAUUUCUUCAUCCUGCUGCUGAUGCUCUUGCCUGCUCAUAAAAAGGCAUCGGUAUCAAUCUCUGUUGCACAACCUGUUAUAAAAAAAAAAAAAAAAAAAAAAAACCUCCUCACAGGAGCUUUGACUAUUAAGUGACACUUUUUCAGCUGCGUUGUCAAACAAAAGUGAUGCUCUUUGUGAAAAAUAGAGGAAGUGCUGGCAUGAACAAUGUAUGAAUCAGGCGUGUUAUGCAAGUUUCAUGUGUGCAAGAAGAUUUCAAGGCGAAUUUGUGAUGAAACCAAAAGGAUUGUGCAUUCUGAUUUGUAUUUCUGCCAGCGGUAAUGUAACUGCGACUAACAGCUGUUUUCAUAAGUGCACAAAGCACGGUUUCCUUGAAUCUGACCUAUAAAAGCACUAUGAAGGUUUCUUUUUAAGUUUUGUUCUACAUCUUUUGUUACUUUCUCAUAUGGGUGACAUUUUGAAUGGAUAGUUAAAUUUGUUAAGCGUCAAUCUGUCAAAAGGCAAGAAAGAGGACGACCGCCAGCCUGUAAACGCGAACAUAAACUGCAGAUUUCCAAUUAUAACUCCCAAAAGUAUAGUUCUGCAAAUGUUGAAUGUUGAGGAAAAUGUAAACUGCACACUUCUUAAGUCUGUAAAAUUCACAAUGAAGUGCACUGAAUGCAAAGAGAAUUUUGUUUACAAGAUACUAAAUCCACCGUACCUUUGAUUUAGAAAUAUGCACAACAAAAGCUGCCAUUUUUAGCUUUACACAAUGAGCACCGGGCAUUUGUUGCAUGGAAAUGGCUGAUUAAUCACAAAUUAAUUUGUUGAUUGUUGACUGCCUGUGGACUUUGUGAUUUCUAGUAAAUGGGCUCUAACAUUAAAAAAGCAAGUAGAACUGGGCUUUUAAUGCGGCCUUGUAGAUGCAUUAACGUCCUAAACUAAACCCACUGACAUCAAACUGAACUUACAUCUUUUGUCCCUUUGACAUGUUGAUUUUAUCCAUUAACAAACCUUCAUCACAACUUUUUCUAUAGCUGCCAUAUUUUGAUUACAGCUUUAAUUUCACAUUGUCACCCUCGAAUGAAGCCCAUGUAGUGCAGAGCUGCACUGUGUCGUCUGUCGUCAUCACAUAACCCGCAGACUUUUCUGCUCUGUGCACCUUUUCUUGUUUUUGUAUAAUUUCUUUUAAUGUUUUGACAUGUAGAUGCUGGCCUGUUUCUCAGCUGUGUUCAGACAACACUCAUAUGAAUGUGGUUGUGGGUGCGGCUCAUACUGUUUGUCAUCAUCUCUUGUUAAUGUGCAGAGUAAUGUGCACUGUGUCAGAAAUUUCUUUUCAAAUAAAUCAAUAAAAGUUGCACUGUUUACACCGGGAAAUUCAUUAAGA